CGCUGCAACCUGUGCGCAUAUAAGCAGGCAAAUGGAGCAGCGUUCGGUCGAAGGCGGUGUUUCGGCUGCACAGUGACGUUUUAAGGCAGGUCCUGGUCAAACCUACCAAUGAUACAAGUCGGUCUUAUUUUGCUGGGACUGAUCGCGAUGAACGGGUGUCGGAGCUCUGCACGGCAAAGGAGCAAGCACAGCGAGACGCGGCGAUCAGGGGGAUGCGGCAUCGGUGCGCGGGAGCUGUCCAUCAGCACCACGACGAACAGCAAGGGAUCAGCGCGCAGAGCCGAGACCCCGCGCCUGUUUUCAGCCUGCCGCCGCCCCCGCCUUCAUCACACCACCGAGACCGCACUUCGACCCCCGCCGCUCACCGCCAGAGCCUCCAGGAGCUGCCCUGUGUGAGCCAGCCCUCUCGGAGACCUGUCCACAGCGGGGACUUUCUACCUCUGGCGAGCUACGACACCGCCCAGGCACCUUCCUCACUCAGAGGCGGCCAAAGCAGCGCCGGGCGUCAGCCGGCGCACCUGCAGCAGGAUCCGUGGGCCCCGGCCGGCUCUCAGCAGCACCAACAACCACCGCCACCGCAAUCGGAGAAGAACCCCGUUUUUCCGAGCUGCCACUGCAGUUUUUCCGAACAGGAGGCGAGUCUUUCUCCACAUCGGCACCAUCCUGUCGAUCCUCCCCCACCGCAGCCCUCCCCACCUUUUCUGCCGCCUAUACCGCCGCCACCGACGUCGUCCUCCUCCUCCCUGCUGUUUUCCCGGGAAUCUAAAAGGGGGGAUCGUCUCCGAAGGAGUGCCAAUAAUUACCCACAGGCAAGCAUCGUGGAACGCUGCAGGGGAGGAGGAGGAGCAGGAGGGCACCGAGACCACAGGCAGUUGUUGCAUCAACAGCAGCAGCAGCAAAAACAGCAUCAACAGCACAGUCAUUUAAGACUCCAACAGAGGGACCCCUCCCCUGAAGGAAACCGUGCAAACUCGCAGAACGGGCGCUCUUUGAAUGUGUGUGAGUCAACCGAGGCUAACAGGAGAGCAUUCGAGUCUCAGGACCUGCAGCAGCAACAGAUCCCACAAUUGCGAGCGCAGCAACAGCUGCUGGUGGGGAGCAGCCUGCCCCUCAACUACUGCGCCAGCGGCUCCGGAGAGCUAUGUAGGACUCAGCAGGCUCCACUGCUGCAGCAGCCAGGCGCACCGGGGCUCGGUCCCCAGCGUCCGCAGCACUGUGAACAAGAGCGCAAUAAGCCGGGGACGAUCGAGCAGGCGCAGCCGCACCGCCAGACCCCCCCGGUGACACGCCAGGCGCACGCGGGGAACUUGUCUGCGGCUGGUAGCUACGGCAGCAAAGACAGCCCCAACUACGGCUCCAGCUAUCACCUGUGGCCCGAGAGCCCGCACAAAGGAGCGCAGAGGGUCCGCAUCGACCAACACAAGGCCACUACACAGAAGAAGCUGAGCCAUGCUGGAUCCAAGCCCUCCCUCUCCGAGAGCAGCGGCCGCCUCCCUCAGAUAGCCAUGAACACCUGCAAGUACAAUGGUGGAGUGGUGAGACCACUAGUGGGUAGCCUGGCGUCCUCAUCGCGCCGAAAUCUUGCAGAUCUCGACUCGGAGACGCAGCCCUUGCAGACACUGCACAGCUCUGGCUUGGAGGUGGUUGUAUCCAAGGGCAACGGCGGCGAAGACCCCAGCAAGGCAUCCAAUGAGAGCCUGGUCAGAGAAGGCGGUGCGCGUGGAGGGGGCAGGGCACCCCAGAAGAAGAACAGGGACAUUGGCUACAAGCUUGGACACCGGAGGGCGCUAUUUGAGAAGCGGAAACGGCUCAGCGACUACGCACUCAUCUUUGGGAUGUUUGGGAUUGUCGUCAUGGUGACAGAGACAGAACUGUCAUGGGGAGUUUACACUAAGGAAUCUUCAUACUCAUUUGCACUGAAAUGCCUUAUCAGCCUUUCCACUGUUAUAUUGCUUGGUCUUAUAAUAAUGUACCAUGCCCGGGAAAUCCAGCUAUUUAUGGUGGACAAUGGUGCGGACGACUGGAGGAUAGCCAUGACGUAUGAGCGGAUCUUCUUCAUUGUGCUUGAGCUGCUGGUGUGUGCCAUCCAUCCCAUCCCGGGGCAGUAUGUCUUCACCUGGACGGCGCGGUUGGCCUUCACAUAUACGCCGUCGGUAGCCGACGCCGACGUGGACAUCAUCCUCUCCAUCCCCAUGUUCCUGAGGCUCUACCUGAUCGGCAGGGUCAUGUUACUCCACAGCAAGCUGUUCACGGACGCUUCGUCUCGCAGCAUCGGCGCCCUGAACAAGAUCAACUUCAAUACACGCUUUGUCAUGAAGACCCUCAUGACCAUCUGUCCAGGAACUGUCCUGCUGGUGUUCAGUAUAUCUUCCUGGAUCAUUGCUGCAUGGACUGUGCGCGUCUGUGAGAGGUAUCAUGACAAACAGGAAGUGACGAGCAACUUCCUGGGAGCCAUGUGGCUCAUCUCGAUCACCUUCCUCUCCAUCGGCUACGGGGACAUGGUACCGCACACAUACUGUGGGAAAGGUGUGUGUCUGCUUACAGGGAUUAUGGGAGCUGGUUGCACUGCGCUGGUGGUUGCAGUGGUUGCCAGGAAGUUGGAGCUGACCAAGGCUGAGAAGCACGUCCACAACUUCAUGAUGGAUACACAACUCUGUAAACGAGUAAAGAACACAGCUGCCAAUGUACUCAGGGAAACAUGGCUCAUCUACAAACACACCAAGCUGGUGAAGAAGAUAGAUCACGCGAAAGUACGGAAACACCAGCGCAAGUUUCUCCAAGCCAUCCACCAACUGCGUAGUGUGAAGAUGGAGCAGAGAAAACUCAAUGAUCAGGCCAACACCUUGGUGGACCUGGCAAAGACCCAGAAUGUGAUGUACGACUUGGUGUCGGAGCUGCAGGAGCGCAGCGAGGAGCUGGACAAACGCAUCGGCACCCUGGAGGACAAGCUGGACUCUGUGACGGGCAGCCUGCAGGCGCUGCCCUGCCUCAUCUCCCAAGCCAUAACCCAGCAGCAGCAGGAUUUCCUGGACGGUUUUGUUCAUCGCUUUCGACCCGCCUCGCUAGCUUCAGAGCGUUCCGAACGCUCCUGGACUUCCACUGCCCGCAGGCGGCGCUCCCCUUCGACAGCACCACACACCUCCUCGGACAGCGGAUAGCUGCCACAAAAAUGGUGACCUUCAAGCCCAAGAAAGGGACUCGUCAGGUUGCUUCAUCCAAGUCCAAACAGGAACCCACCCGAGAGGCCGCAUCUGGACUAAUAAUGAACCUGUAGGUUGACCUCUAACCCGCUGCCCUCACAUCAAAUCC